AUGUCUCCCCCGUCGCUCGCCGCGGAGCUCGGCCGUCGGUCCCACGCCGCGAUGCCCGCCCGCCGCGCCCCGCUGCUCGCGGUCGUCCUGCUCGGCGCCGCCGCCGCGGCGGCGCUCUGCGGCGCGGGGGCGUUUUGCGGCAGCGGGCGCGCGCCGCAGGCCGCCGCUCGGCGGCAGGGCGCGUCGGCCAGGGCGGCUUUGCCCGUGGAGGCCAUGGCGGAUGCUACUUCGAUCGUGACCGCGCUGCAAAUCCAGCAGCCAGCUUGGGCGGCCAACUUGGUCCUCGUGAUCGUGCCGAUCAGCAUCCUCAUCAUAAUCUACCUCCAGUCGGAGAAAACGCUGCAAGAGAGGGACGCCGUGAUCGGCAAACAGAGGCUGUGA